CUGAACUGCAGUUGACUUCUUAAAGCCUUUGGAAGAAGGACUAAAUGCAACGGGGGCAGACUGCCUGUGGGAAUGAAGUGGCUGGGAGAAUCCAAGAACAUGGUGGUGAAUGGCCGGAGACAUGGAAGCAGGUUAUCUAAUGAUCACCAUCAGAACCAGUCUAAAUUACAGAACCCUGGAAAGGAAAAUCCAAAGACUGGCAAAAAUGGAGUUGAGAGACGAUCAAGCAGAUGUAGUGGUGGUUCGGGAUUUGAAGGCCAAAGUCGCUACGUGCCUUCUUCUGGAAUGUCUGCCAAGGAGCUGUGUGAGAACGAUGACCUAGCAACUAGUUUGGUUCUUGAUCCAUAUUUAGGGUUUCAAACACAUAAAAUGAACACUAGGUUUCGACCAAUAAAAGGAAGGCAGGAGGAACUGAAGGAGGUAAUUGAACGUUUUAAAAAAGAUGAGCACUUGGAUAAAGCCUUCAAGUCCUUGACGUCAGGUGACUGGGCCCGGCACUAUUUUCUUAACAAGAACAAAAUGCAGGAAAGGUUGUUCAAGGAACAUGUAUUUAUUUAUUUACGAAUGUUUGCAACUGACAGUGGAUUUGAAAUAUUGCCAUGUAACCGCUAUUCAUCGGAGCAAAAUGGAGCCAAAAUAGUUGCAACAAAAGAGUGGAAACGAAAUGACAAAAUAGAAUUACUAGUGGGUUGUAUUGCCGAAUUGUCUGAACUAGAAGAGAAUAUGCUGCUCAGACAUGGAGAAAAUGACUUCAGUGUCAUGUACUCAACACGGAAAAACUGUGCUCAGCUGUGGCUUGGUCCAGCUGCAUUCAUCAACCAUGAUUGCAGACCCAACUGUAAGUUUGUGUCGACGGGCCGGGAUACAGCAUGUGUGAAAGCUCUCCGAGAUAUUGAACCUGGAGAAGAAAUUUCUUGUUACUAUGGGGAUGGUUUUUUUGGAGAAAAUAAUGAAUUCUGUGAAUGCUACACAUGUGAAAGACGUGGAACUGGUGCUUUUAAGUCAAGAGUGGGGUUGCCCGUGCCUGCUCCUGUGAUAAAUAGUAAAUAUGGACUCAGAGAAACAGAUAAACGUUUAAACAGGCUUAAAAAGUUGGGUGACAGCAGUAAAAACUCAGACAGCCAGUCUGUCAGCUCUAACACUGAUGCAGAUACCACUCAGGAAAAAGUUAAUGCAACUAACCGCAAAUCUUCAAUUGGUGUAAAAAAGAACAGCAAGAGCAGAACGUUAAGGCGGCAGUCUAUUUCAAGAAUCCCAGCUUCAUCAAAUUCUACCUCAUCCAAACUAACUCAUCUAAAUAAUUCCAGGGUACCAAAGAGACUGAAAAAGCCUGCAAAGCCUUUACUUUCUAAGAUUAAGUUGCGGAAUCAGUGCAAAAGGCCAGAACAGAAAAACGCAUCUAGAAAACUCGAAAUGGGAAGUUUGGUUCUUAAGGAGCCUAAAAUAGUCCUGUAUAAAAACUUGCCUAUGAAGAAGGAGAAGGAAACCGUGGGACCAGUGAAAGUCGCCAUCUCUGGUGGCUGCUUAACAAGGCAUGCGGCACGAGAAUACAAACUGAAAGGUGCUUGUGAACCUGGAGAGGUAUCGCCUUGUACAUAUAUAACAAGGAGGUCAAUGAGAGCAAGAAUGAAUCUGAAGGAGACCUCUGACUUAAAGCUUGAACCAAAUAUGCUGAAUAGCUAUAAGAACGACUUGACUGGUACACAAGCCAAUGGCUUGGAACAGCAGUCUCACGUGAUGCAUGAGGGUGAACAGGCUCAUGUGACAUCACUUAAGGGAGAGGGUAGGUGUCAGAAGAACGACAGGGUUAUGGCCAAAAAGAAAUACCGGCAAAGACGACAUGGGAAGCCGUCUGUGAAAACGGAGGAAACUGAUCCUGCCCAUGAUAUGCCCGGUAAAGACAGAGUGCCAGAUUUAAUCAGCUCACAUUCUGACCUAGAAGAAAGGAACAAUGUAGUGGAUUCAGCCGUUGGCUAUAACGAUUGUAUUCCCGUAUCUGGUGGCUGCUCCAUUGUGACUUCGGAUACUUUCAAAGCAAAGGACCAUUUUAGAACUGCAAAAAGCAAAAAGAAAAGGCGAAUCACAAGGUAUGAUGCACAGCUAAUUCUUGAAAACAGCUCUGGGAUUCCCAAACUGACUCUGCGGAGGCGGCAUGAUAGCAACAGCAAGACAAAUGACCAAGAAAAUGAUGGAAUGAGUUCUUCAAAAAUAAGCAUCAAGCUAAGUAAAGACCAUGACAACGAUAACAACUUAUAUGUAGCAAAGCUUAACAAUGGGUUUAACUCAGGAUCAAGUAACAGUUCAGCAAAAUUAAAAAUACAGCUGAAACGAGACGAAGAAACCAGGGGGACAUAUGCAGAUGACCUCCAUGAGAAUGGAAUGUGUUGUAGUGAUCCUCUUUCUCUCUUAGAGUCACGAAUGGACGUGGAUGAUUAUAGUCCGUACGAAGAAGAAACCGUGGAUGAAUCAUCAUCCGAAGAGGAAGAAGAGGAGGAAGAGGAUGAAUAUGAAGAUGAUUUUGAGGAUGAUUUUAUUCCUCUCCCUCCAGCUAAGCGAUUAAGGCUUAUAGUUGGCAAGGAUUCAAUAGACAUAGACAUUUCUUCCAGGAGGAGAGAGGAUCAGUCAUUAAGGCUAAAUGCAUAAGCUUAUAGGUCUUUCUGAACAGGAUGUCCAUUUUUUUAAAGAAAAAUUCCAGUCAAUUAUUCCUCCAACUGAUGAACUUUCUGAAAUGUUAGUGGAAGCACUUCUUUAUUGUUUAUUCACUUAUAUCAAUAUAAUAUUGUAGAAAAU